UCUUCUUCAACCUCCACCAUCCCUGGUGUCUCUCCCUCUCAGUCAUCCCCAGGUACAGAGACAACCGUCACCAUGGUGCUUGCUAAAUCCAAAAACUCCGUCGGGCUGGGCAACAGCCUGAUGAACGACCGUUUCGGCAAAGGCAAGGCCUCCAAUUUGAAAAAGGCCUCGCACAAUGCCGGUAUUGCCCGCAAGAACGAAAAGGGCGAGACCUACAUCACCAACGCUCCCACCGAAGCCGCCUGGGUGAAGAUGCGCAGUAUUACCGAGCAGGCCGCCCUCGAUGAGUUCCUCAGUACCGCCGAACUGGCCGGCACCGAUUUCACCGCCGAGAAGAUGAACAACGUCAAGAUCAUCCACACCGAUCAGAAGAACCCCUACCUUCUGUCCGCUGCCGAAGAGAAGUCCGCCGUGAAGAAGCACAAGCAGAACAAGAACCGUUUGACCGUUCCCCGUCGGCCCAAGUGGGACCAGUCCACCACCCGCCAGCAACUGGAGUUGAUGGAGCGCGAGAGUUUCCUGAACUGGCGUCGUGGACUGGCCGAGUUGCAGGAGAACCAGGAUCUGUUGAUGACUCCUUUCGAGCGCAACUUGGAGGUCUGGCGCCAGCUGUGGCGUGUCAUCGAACGUUCCGACUUGGUGGUCCAGAUUGUCGACGCCCGUAACCCGCUGCUCUACCGCUCCGAGGAUCUGGAAUGCUACGUCAAGGAGAUCGACCCUAAGAAGCAGAACCUGCUGCUUGUUAACAAGGCCGACAUGUUGACUGAGGCCCAGCGUGCCAUGUGGGCUGACCACUUUGAGCGCCAGAACAUCAGCUUCCGUUUCUUCUCCGCCCAUUUGGCCAAGGAGCGCAACGAACGCCUCCAGCAGGACCUCGACUCGGAGGACGAAAGCGAAGAGGACAUUCCCGAGGAGGAGCAGCUGGCUGAGGGUGCCAAAUUUCUGGAUAUCAAGGACGGCGAAGAACCUCAGGAAGAGCACGACGGUGGUCUUGAACUCAACCCCAGCGCCAGCUCCAGCUCUUCCCGACGCACAGAGAUUCUCAACGUCGAAGAACUUGAAGAACUCUUCCUUUCCAACACCCCCGACACUCUGCCCGACAACGACACGCCCGAGGGCCAAGUCAAGAAGAAGACGACCAUCGGUCUGGUCGGAUACCCCAACGUCGGUAAAUCCAGCACGAUCAACGCACUGCUCGGUGCCAAGAAGGUCUCCGUUUCCGCCACCCCCGGUAAGACCAAGCACUUCCAGACUCUCUACCUGUCUCCCGAGAUCAUGCUCUGCGAUUGUCCCGGUCUCGUGUUCCCCAACUUCGCCACCACCAAGGCCGAGCUCGUCGUCAACGGUGUCCUCCCCAUCGACCAGCAGCGCGAGUUCACCGGCCCCGCUGCUCUCGUCGCCCAGCGCAUUCCUAAGCACUUUGUCGAGAACGUCUAUGGCGUGAAGAUCAACACCCGCCCCAUCGAAGAAGGAGGAACUGGUAUCCCCACGUCCCACGAACUUCUCCGCGCCUACGCCCGCGCCCGCGGUUUCGCCACCACUGGUCAGGGUCAGCCCGACGAGUCUCGCGCCGCCCGCUACAUCCUCAAGGACUACGUCAACGGCAAGCUCCUCUUCUGUCACCCGCCGCCUGUGCCCGAAGGCAAUGACCCCAUCGACCCCAUUGAAUUCAACAAAGACCUCUACGACAUGGCUCACCUGCCGGCCCGGCGACAAGCCCAACUCGCCAAGAUGCUCCAAAACGAGGAGAUCACUGAUCCGGAAUUGCUCGCCCUAAUCAAGCCUGUUGAGAAGGGUGCGCGGUCCCGCAACCUCGACACGGGCUUCUUCGGCCCGGGUUCCAAGGGCUCUACGGGCCGUCUCACCCUUCCUUUCAAUGCCCAGUACACGGACCAAGGCCAGGAAAUGCGCAAGCAUCUGACAGGUCGUAAGGAGCGCAUGAUGGUCGCUCUGGAGCGGGGAGUGGACGUCUCGGAGGUGAAGAGCGGUUCGUCAAAGAAGCAUUUCAAGGCGAAUAAGCGGCGGGCUAAGAAGGUGCGCAAGAACGCGAUGGACGAGGAUUAUUAGCAGCUGCUCGCGGGCGAGUCUAUAUCCAGGUUUUCUUUUUUGUUCGUUAGAUAAGGUUUGGAUGGGAAAAGUUAGGUUUCAUUACACGAUGACUAUGGGAUUAGGCAUGGCGUACUUAAACAUGAGUUAAGUAGUACGUGGACAGGUGAGGGAUGGAGGGAAGAAGGGAGAUGAUGACGUUUCGUUAUAUCCAUUGAUGUUUUAUUUAGAGCAGUCCUAUCGUCAGGACGGUGCAUGAUGAAUAUGAUUCAUG